AUGCCUGACACCUACGAUUUCAUCAUUGUCGGUGGAGGUCUCACGGGCUGUGCUUUGGCCGGUCGUUUGGCUGAGAAAGAUGAGUCACUUCGAAUCUUGAUCAUCGAAGCUGGACCCAACGUGGUCGAUCACCCUCUGGCGAGCACUCCUCUGGCAUGCUUUGCAUCCCACCACUCCCGCUUGGACUGGGACUACACCACCGUGCCACAGAAACAUCUCAACAACCGCGAAUGCUAUAAUGCCGCGGGCAAAGCACUGGGCGGAGGCACAGCGAUAAAUUAUGGCACCUGGACCCGUGGAAACGCUGCUGAUUACAACCUGUGGGCAAACCUGGUUGGGGACUCCAGCUGGAGCUACGAUGGUCUACUCCCAUACUUCAAACGUGUUGAGACACACUACGAUCCCAACGCCGACCUGGCCAUUCACGGCACCAGCGGCCCCAUCACCAACACAAUUGUCGCUCUGACCAGCCCCAACCGCAAAUACCCCCUCAAGGAACCGGUCCGUUCUGCUUGGGAACGAAUUGGGGUUAAGUUCAAUCCAGAUGCCAAUGCCGGUAAUGCGCUCGGCUUAGCCCACUUCGGAGAAAAUUGGCGUGAUGGAAAGCGUCAGCUUGCCAGCGAAGCAUACGGGUUAUCUAGACACCAGGGAAUAUCCAUCGUUACUAAGACCCUGGUGGAGAAAGUGUUGCUCAAGGAGCAAGCUGGCCAGCAAAUUGCGACAGGAGUCGCAGUCGUCGGUGGACAGGAAUACCGGGCCACAAGAGAAGUCAUCGUCUCGGCCGGAACGUACCGUACUCCGCAGGUUCUCAUGCUCUCCGGGAUUGGACCCGCGGAAGAGCUGGCAAAACACAACAUCCCACAGCUUGUAAACGCUCCGGAAGUGGGUUAUAACUUCCAUGACCACAUGUGCUUUCCCCAGUGGUGGAAGCUUCGUCACCCUGAACGAGGUCUCUCUAUGGGUACGCCCCUUUGGGACAGUCCAGCAUAUGGGAUGGGUGUGCCCUAUGACUGGAACGUGACCCUGCAGACUCCCGCGGACGCGUUGAUCCAGGCAUUCCAAGCAGACGAUGGACAAGCACCCAGCAAGGACCAUCCAUUCCUGGAUCCGAAAUUUGCUCAUUCAGAGAUCCUCGUCAUCUACGCACCGAUGAGUCAAGCUGUCACCGGUUUUGAGACGGCCAUGGAUGGCACUCAUAUCAGCACGGCUGUUCUCUUGAUGACCCCGACAGCACGCGGGAAGAUUACCAUUGCGGAUGCGAAUCCAGCAAGCGCUCCUGUCAUUGAUCCCAACUAUUGCUCUAAGGAGGUGGACCGAGCGAUUAUCCGAGAUGGUAUACGCCGAGUGGCCAAACUCUUGCUCGACACUCCGGAAGGUCACGAUAUUGUGGAUACCGAAGUUCCUCGACCGGGCAAUGAGCCGAUUAGACUCGAUUCCACCGAUGAGGAACUUGACAGGAAUAUCAGAAAUGGCGCAAUUACUUUCUUUCAUCCAGGUGGCUCGGCAUCCAUGGGACAGGUUGUGGACACUCAACUUCGAGUGAAGGGCGUCAAGGGACUACGUGUUGCAGAUGCAAGUGUGGUGCCUGUCCCUCUGGUGGCGCACUACCAGGCUAUCCUCUACGCAAUGGCAGAGAAGGCGGCGGAUCUACUCUUGGACUAG